AUGGCCCACACGACGGCUCUCCUCCGCCGGGAAACUGACCAUGCUGAUGUCAGUGCUAUCGGCCAUCCCGACAUACUCUAUGUCUUGUUUCCCACUUCCUGUGGGUCUGUGCGACCAGAUCCAAGCGGCGCUCACCCGGUUCUGGUGGGACCAAGACCCAGCCGUAAAGAAGCUAUGCUGGGUAUCGUGGGACUCCUCUCUCAACACAAGGAUGUAGGAGAGCUCGGUUUUCGUGAUAUCCAAGACUUCAACACAGCCAUGCUAGCAAAGAACUCCUGGCGCAUCCUUACCAACCCAGAUUGCCUUCUAGCGCGUCUACUGCUUGGGAAGUAUUGCCACAACACUAGCUUCCUAACGGGCACAUGCUCCUCGUCAGCGUCACACGGCUGGAGGGGAGUGAUCGCGGGCUGUGAGCUCCUCAAACUUCAACUAGGAAAGGCCAUAGGGAAUGGGAAUACAACAAAAGCAUGGACCAAAUCAUGGAUGCUACCAACAACACGGUUUGUUCCCACGGGCCCACCAAUAGAGAAUGGUAGAGACCUCUUUGUCUCGGACUUGAUAGAGCGAGGAUCAGGCGAGUGGAAUCACCAUAUGGUUGAGGCUACCUUCCCUGAUCUAGCAAGCCAAAUUUACCUCAUUAAAACGAGCACUUGCAACGCAGAAGAUACUUUCUGUUGGCACAAAACUAAAAUAGGGGUUUACAGUGUUAAGUAUGGAUACUAUGCGAUGUGGGAAGCCUCAGAAAACCUACAUGAUCCCCAGCCACAUAUCACGAGCUUCCCUUGGCAAAAAUAUGUAUGGAGGGAGGAGACAGCGCCAAAAAUCAAGAUGUUCCUCUGGAAGCUGGCUCGUGGAGCACUCGCCUUAGGAACAAACCUUCAACGACGUGGGAUUGACACUAGUGGCCUCUGCCCACACUGUCUCGAACCAGAAACAGCACUCCAUCUCUUUUUCACCUGUCCCUUGGCACGACAAAUCUGGAACUUGGCCCCAUUUAGAACAUCACCGGACUUCUCAGCGGCUCAAACUACCCAAGAUUCCUUCAUGAUCAUGUCGAAUCUCAUCUGCUUACCACCCACAGGUAUAUCGAGUAACUUAUCUCCAUGGUUGCUGUGGGGCAUCUGGACGAAUCGAAAUGCACUUCUGUUUGACAACAGAGCAGUAUCAGCGAAGUCAACAAUGGAGAAGUCAGUGUCAUCGGUUCGUGAAUGGAUUGCAGCUCAAGCUACAGCUCCUCGGCCUACAAAAAGUCCCGCCCAGCACAGACCCCAAGCACCAGUCCGAACAGACAUAGUGCGUUGUAACACCGAUGCAGCUUGGUCAGGUACAACUCUUAGGGCGGGGAUCGGCUGGCACUUUGACGACCCAGUCUCAGGCUCUCACACGGAAGGGGCUCGGUCCUUGGAACUCAUCUCCUCCCCCCUUAUGGCGGAAGCGCUGGCCAUGAGGGAAGCCAUCAGGGAAGCAAAGCACGCAUCCGUUACCGACGUCUGGUUUCGUACCGACUCUCAAGAGCUCGCUAGAGCUGUUAACUCGAAGUCAUAUCCGGUGGAGCUCUUUGGGGUUCUCAUGGAUAUCGAGUCUCUAUCUUAUUGCUUUGAUUUCUUCUUUGUUUUCUUUGUUGGACGGGAGAACAAUGUAGUCGCUGACUCCCUUGAGAAGGCUGCAUUGUCCUCAUUCCUCUCUACUUUGUACUAA